GCCACCCGCCCCCGCCGGCCGCCCGCGAGCGGAGGAAGGGCCUCGAGGAUGCGCGCGGCGCGAGGACGCCUCCCAGGCGGCGCCCCCUGCUCUGCACGCCCCGGCUGGGGUCCCGCCACCGCCCGGGCCACCCCGGAAGCCUGAGCCCGCGCCUGUUCUCUGGUAUGGAUGUGCCCAGGGCGCCCUCUGCUGGGAUCCGGAGCUGAGCCUCUGCGCGCCCGAGCGAUGGCCACAGUCGUCCCGCCGCGCGCCAGGCCCUCUCCCGGGAACGGGAACGAGACCGAGACCCUGCACGAGCACUACAACUACGUGGGCAAGCUGGAGGGCCGGCUGAGGGAGGCCCCCGAGGGCAGCAUGCCUACCACCGUGCUGUUCCUGAUCAUCUGCAGCUUCAUUGUGCUGGAGAACCUCAUGGUUCUCAUCGCCAUCUGGAAAAACAAUAAGUUCCACAACCGCAUGUACUUCUUCAUCGGCAACUUGGCCCUCUGUGACCUGCUGGCCGGCAUCGCCUACAAGGUCAACAUUCUGAUGUCGGGCAAGAGGACGCUGAGCCUGUCUCCCACGCUCUGGUUCCUAAGGGAGGGCAGCAUGUUCGUGGCCCUCGGGGCGUCCACCUGUAGCUUGCUGGCCAUUGCGAUCGAGCGGCACUUGACUAUGAUCAAAAUGAGGCCGUACGAUGCCAACAAGAAGCACCGCGUCUUCCUUCUGAUUGGCAUGUGCUGGCUCAUCGCCUUCUCGCUGGGUGCCCUCCCCAUCCUGGGCUGGAAUUGCCUGCACAACCUCCCCGACUGCUCCACCAUCCUGCCCCUCUACUCCAAGAGGUACAUCGCCUUCUGCAUCAGCAUCUUCACAGCCAUCCUGGUCACCAUCGUGAUCCUGUACGCGCGCAUCUACUUCCUGGUGAAGUCCAGCAGCCGCCGGGUGGCCAGCCCCCACAACUCGGAGCGGUCCAUGGCCCUGCUGCGGACCGUGGUGAUCGUGGUCAGUGUGUUCAUUGCCUGCUGGUCCCCACUCUUCAUUCUCUUCCUCGUCGACGUGGCCUGCAGGGUGAAGCAGUGUGCCAUCCUGUUCAAGGCCCAGUGGUUCAUUGUGCUGGCGGUGAUGAACUCGGCCAUGAACCCCGUCAUCUACACGCUGGCCAGCAAAGAGAUGCGGCGGGCCUUCUUCCGGCUGGUGUGCACCUGCCUGGUCCGGCGCUGGGGCGCCCGCUCCUCACCCACCCAGCCCGCUCUCGACCCCAGCAGAAGCAAGUCCAGUGGCAGCAACAACAGCAGCCCCUCACCGAAGAGCAAGGAGGACCCUCCCCAGAUAGCUGCCUCGCCGUGCAUCAUGGAUGGGAACAAAACCCUGCAGAACGGGAUCCUCUGCAAGUGAGCAUGGCCACCUCCAGGAAUGGCCAUCCCCACAUGUCCAUGAGACAAGAGGUGCUCAGCUCCCAGCCACGUUCUUAUUUAUUGCAUGCGUCACCCCCGGGGGUUCUGGAGCUGGCACUCGGGAAAUCUGUUUGCCCAUGUGUGGCCCAUGUGGUGUGGACGUCCCAGGAAGAAGGGGACCCGAGGACUCGCUGGCCUGUUUCACAGUAGACAGCCUGCCUGCCUUGUCCAUGUUGGCGUGAGUCUUCCAAACGUCCAAUCUGCCACCUUCCCCUGAAUCCCACGGGAGGGAAGGUCGUGGGCCCACAACGCGCAAUGUGCUUCCCUGAAUGUCAUGGCAAUGUCUGGUAACUUCACACUACGUGGACCGCGCAUGCUGUGGAUGCUGGCGUGUUCGUCUUUUCUGUGUCACGCAGCGCUCAGGUUUCUGACGUCCACCAUCAGGACACAGCACCUGUUUCUGCUGUAGGCAGCAGGACGUGGCACGGUGUCCUGACCGGACCGCCAGGAGCGAGGCUGAGGCUGGCAAUUAGCCGGACAUGCCCAUCCCUGUCUCCUCACACUGACACGGAGUCUUGUGUUCAGCAGGCUUUGAAAAAGGCUGCUCCCGGGUGGGUCUCAGGUGCGUGGAUCUGACCCUGACAGUGUCCAAAGGACCCUGGGAGAGUGAGAGUGCGCUGAGAGCUGCAUCCCUGCCUCUCCCCAGGGCUGUGUCCCUGCAGAGACUUGAACACAUCCCCCAGCCCCAUUACCCACAUUAUGUGACUGGUGACCCUCCAGAUCUCAGAAAAGCCCACCAGGGGCUUCCCAGAGGCCAUCCCUGGGCCAAGCAGAAGAGCCCAGAAGGCAGAAGCGGAGGACAGACACCCUGGCCAGAGGAAGCUGUGGUAUGUUUGAUGUGAGGAAAAAUUUGUACGGAAUUAGGAGAGGCUGACAGGCUGCACUUGGAUCCUAUUUGGAGCCUGGUCCCCUCUAGCCAGAGAAGCACCAGGUCAGUAGGACCGAGUUGUGUGCUCUUCCGGGAAAUGUAGUGAUGCUGUAGGUAACAAUAUGGGGUCAGCCGACCCUGCAUCCCCAUCCCCGCAUGUAGGGGGUUCCUCAGGAGGUAUUUGUGCAUGAGGAGCUUCCCUCAGGGAUCCCACCUGCAGGACACACCAAUGAGGACGUGCACACAUGUGUGGAGAUCUCACACCCACAGAGUUCACGUGUCAGGCUCUUGGCCAAACACAAAACAGGCAGCCUUCAAAAGGACUCUCACAUCAGAGCCCCUGAGGCUUUCUGGUUCGCCGGGCAUUUCGGCUGAGUCAAGACUCCAGAGACACCUUGACACGUUAACCGUCUGGAGGAGACACUGCUGGCUCCUGCGUGUUAUCAGAUGCCCAUGCUCCCAACCGAGGCACAUUCCUGUGGGUCCUGGGGGGUCUCCGUGUCCUGACCAAAGACUUCCCUCAUUUCUGUGACUGAUGAGAGAAGGGGAUGCUCAUUGGUGGCACUUUUGUUGGCUUCUUUACGUCGCUGGAGAGGAGUGUAUUCUCGGGUCAGACAGCAUGUCUAGAAAAGUCAGGCAUCAAGAAGACACAGCAGGGAGCACCACGUGUUCACCUAGGGAGUGAAGUGACCACAGAGCUCAGGGUCCCUGGGGGUUCCUGGGUCUCCGGUGCUCUUAUUGAUGACACUUGCUCCUUGAUCCCGACUUCCCAUUGUGAGAACACAAAACUUGCAAACAGUUUGAGUGGAAAAACCCAAAGGAGUAAUCGUGUGCAUUCAAUACAUGCAGAAAAUGAUAGACUUUAAUAGCAGCAUGUACAGCCUGUGCCAACAGCUGCGGGUCAUCGAGGGGUUGAGUUUCAAAGCCACCUAGAACAUAUGCAUUAGAUCUCUUUACUGUGUCCCGUGUGUGUUUGUUAAAAAAAAAAAUAAUAAAACCAAAAGCCUGCUUGUAAA